UAUAUACAAAUAUUUUGUUCUUAUUUAGAAUUAUUUUGUAGUUUCUCUCAUAUCCCAUUACUUGUAGUGGGCGGUCAUGUGACCCCCUGAUGGUGAUGAUGUUGCCCAUCCCUGAUCUAGAAACUAUGGCUGCACAAUGUUAGUAAGGAUUGGGUAUCUGUUGUACUCUCGUGUAUUUCCCACUCCAACUGAAUAGUAAGGCAGCACGCAGGAGCUUAUGUCCACAAAACAAGGAAAUUAUUUUAAUACUAUAUUGUUUCCUAAAUGGUCCAACAAUUAAUUAAUUUUGGUGAAUGCUUUCAUCCACUGGUAAUAUUUCUGCCUUAAUUCCUAAAUUAUUUUACACAUUUUCCGCCUAUUACUGCUUUUACACAUUCUAGUUUUCUAGUUGGUUCUAAGGCUGCAUGAAUUAGAGAAGCCUUUUACUAGCUCAUUUGAUCCAUGUGCUUUUUCACAGAUAUUCAAAGCUAUCUGGAUUUGGCAAGUGAGGAUAAAGCUUCCGUUGGAUGUUCUUCUUUUGCAAAAUGAGGAGGAAAAGGAUAAGAACAUAUCUGAUUCUGAUCGUGGCCCUGUGCCUGAUAGUGAUCCGUCUCUGGACCAGCCAACAUCCUCUCCCUCCACCCUCCAACGAUGUUCAGCUCCUCACUCAAGACCAACUGAGUCCCAAUAUGCCACCCGCCGUCUCGAGAAGUAGCCUCCACCUCCGGCCCCCAUGCCAUCAGAACCGGUCCAUGGUCAACAUCACUGGCUUCUCCGACCUCCCUGUGCGCCUCCAGAACUUCCUGUUUUACCGGCACUGUAAACACUUUCCCUUGAUGCUCGACCUUCCCCACAAAUGUGGAGUGACAGAUGGAUCGGACAUUUUCCUUCUGCUGGUCAUCAAGUCCCCGCCGGAGAACUACGAGCGGAGACAAGCCCUCCGGGCGACCUGGGCUGAGGAGCGGAAACACAACGGGGCCUGGAUCCGCAGGGUCUUCAUCUCGGGGACAUCGGGUGCUAACUUGCAGAAGCAGAGGAUGAACAAGCUCAUGGAGGUGGAGAACAGGAACUAUGGUGACAUUCUCCAAUGGGACUUUGAGGAGUCCUUCUUGAACUUGACCCUGAAGCAAGUCCUGUUCCUUGAGUGGCUGGAGGACCGCUGUCCCCGGGCCCACUUCCUGCUCAACGGUGACGACGACAUCUUUGCCCACACAGACAACAUGGUGGAAUACCUCCAGGGCGUCAACGGAAGCCGUGACAGCAACGAGCACCUCUUUGUGGGAAGCCUUAUGGAAGGCACUGGGCCUGUUCGAGAACCAAGCAAGUACUUUGUUCCCGUUCAGGUGCAGGAAUCGGACACCUACCCUGCGUACUGUAGCGGGGGAGGCUACCUGCUGUCCCGCCAUACGGCCAAGGUGCUAUUCGAGAUGUCCAAGUCGGUUGCUCUGCAUCCCAUCGACGAUGCGUACAUGGGGAUGUGCCUGGCCAGGGCAGGACUCAAACCCUCCGCCCAUGUGGGCGUGAAUCCCGGAGGACUUCGCCUCCCACCGAAAGUGGACCCUUAUGACCCGUGUUUCUUCAAGGACGUUCUGAUGGUGCACCGCUUUCAGCCGCACCAGAUGUUCGUCUUGUGGGACCAAGUUCAUGAUCCUAGACUGAAGUGUUAAACUGUACAACUGAACUGAACUCUGCUGGGCCGUCAGAAAAGGAUGACAAUACAUGGGAUGACAAGAAUUGGGAAGGUGUGUGUCUAGGUAUGUGCGUGGGUGCUUGCAUGUAUGUUUAUAAAUGUCUCUCAUAUUGGUGUACACUGUUCCCCUAUAUUCUUGUUCAUGAGUGGUAGUACGCGCCAAAAAGAACACAACAUAGUAAGUAACAUCUUUUGAUACAAUAUCUGUCUCUGGAAUUUCACUGUAUAGUUUGAAAGUCUUCGGAAUGCAACCUUACCCACAUGGAAAAGCACGGUAUUAUUAGCUAAGAAUAUUAUUCAUGCUCACAAUCUGUUAGAAACUGCAGAAACUUUAUUUUGGAUCCAACAUUUUACAAGAUCAACAUAAUAUAUAAAACCAGAAUAA